UGUUAACCUUGAAAAAUUACAUCAAUGCAAAGUGAUUGCCUUUUAGCCUCCAUAGCCAAUAAAUUUAAUUUUUUGGAGGGGGGUGAUAUGAGUCAUAGGAUCAUAUAUAUAAUCGCCCAUCACAGAAUGAGGAGCAAGUUGAAAGUUCUGAGCAACAGAAGCCAAGAAGGAAGACUUCCGUCUCUUGCCAAGCAUGCACAAGCUGGUUUCUUGUCUGCUUUUCAUAGGAUGCUUACAACCUCUCUUCUCUCUGCCCGUCCCUGACUCCAGGGAAGAGGCUCUGAAGCUCUCAGCACCUGAUGGAGACGCAAGAUCAACCUUGGAUGAACUGGAAAGAGUGUACCUCCUGCAAAUGCUGGAGAUGUUAGGGGCAGAGAGAGGCGACAGUCUUAGGAAAGCAGGUCUCGGUACUGGCACUGCUAACCCGCGAGGAGGUAUGAGACAGUUUCAAGCUUUCUUUGGACAAGAUCCUAACAUUUUCCUGAGUCAUCUUUUGGCCAGAAUCAGGAAACAAUAUAAGAAACGUGGAUCUCCUUCUGAAUGCUUCUGGAAAUACUGUGUCUGAAGUAAAACGAACAUCUAUUAGUCAACUCAAAAACAACCACCUUAGAAAGUUAAAAAUAAAAAUGUCUGACUUGAAAACAGCAUAGAAAAAAACUAAGCAAACUAUACCCCGUUCAUUACUAUUUGGAAAAAUAAAUCCUCUAUGUUUUGCA